GCCGAACACACUCAUCUUCAUCUUCAUCUUCAUCUGAGGAAUGGCUCUGGACUUUGUUGCAGGAUGCAUGGGAGGAGCCGCAGGUGUGCUGGUCGGACAUCCGUUUGAUACGGUCAAGGUGCGACUGCAGGUCCAGAGCGUGGACAAGCCCCUGUACCGCGGCACCUAUCACUGCUUCCAGUCCAUCGUCCGCCAGGAGUCGAUGCGGGGUCUCUAUAAGGGCAUCGGAUCACCCAUGAUGGGCCUGACCUUCAUCAACGCCAUCGUGUUCGGCGUGCAGGGGAACGCCAUGCGUAUGUUGGGUGUGGACACCCCUGUGCACCAGUUCCUGGCGGGCGCAGCGGCCGGACUCAUCCAGUGUGUGAUCUGCUGCCCGAUGGAGCUGGCCAAGACACGCAUGCAGAUGCAGGGGACGGGCGAGAAGAGCGCCUCCAGGAGGAUGUACAGGAACUCUCUGGACUGCCUGAUCCGCAUCCACCGGAAGGAGGGAGUCCGAGGGAUAAACCGAGGAAUGGUGACCACCGUCAUCCGCGAGACGCCCGGCUUCGGCGUCUACUUCCUCACCUACGAUACUCUGACGCGAGCGCUGGGCUGCGACGCCGACGACGGAUACAUCAUUCCCAAGCUGCUCCUGGCGGGCGGCAUGUCGGGAAUGGCGUCCUGGAUCUCCACGUAUCCUGUGGACGUCAUCAAGUCCCGCCUCCAGGCGGACGGAGUGGGCGGAGCCAACAGGUACGACGGCAUCAUGGACUGCGUGCGUCAGAGCUGGAGGAGAGAAGGAUGGAGGGCCUUCACUCGAGGCCUGACCUCGACUCUCUUGAGAGCGUUUCCCGUCAACGCCACAACCUUCGCCACCGUCACGCUCUUCCUCAUGUACAUGCGCGAGGAUGAUGAGGGUGUGAAGGACUGCGAGGCGAUGCGGCCGAGUCUGCAGCACAGCAGCCUGUGACUCAGAGACCUGGAGAAAGACUUGUGGUGUACCUUUAACAAUGCAACAGCGUGUCACUGGGACAAACCUGUACCGUAUUUACACCUAAAAGGUGAAUAUCAUAAAGGUUAUAAAGCUUCAAGUUCGUGGCUUCAGUUCCCAGAAAAAGCCGAUGAAAUGUAAACGUGUACUUUGAAAGCAAUGCAAGUCGCUUUAGAUAAAAGUGUCUGCAUGAAUGUAAAUAUUAGUACCUUAAAAUACCAACAUGUGCUCUUUGAAGACUACUAUGCACUUUUUAGGACUAGAAAAAGGCAAGCUGUUGCAACCCUAUAAGUACAAUUUUUGCACAUUUCCAUUUAAACAUAAAAGUAAAUGCAAAGAUAGAAUAAAAAAUUGAUUCCACUAUUUUAAUCCAGAUUAGCAAAACUAGAUGAAUGCACAUGAUCUUAAAAGAUUGUUUGAGAAACGUCACAUGUUCCCGUUUACACACACAGAGAGUCAUUCUGGAAUUAUUUAAUCUUUACAUGCACCUUACACACGUGACUUUGACAUGCCUGUAAUUGACAUAUUUCUGUAUAUACAAUAUAUUUGCAUCAUUUGUAGUUGUUCUCUGGUAUUUGUAUGAAUGUAAAAGCUAUGAGGGAUUUCACAGACAGAUUAUUGAUUGAUGAAGCUCAAGGGAACAGUGUUACACAAAGACAGACAGCCUUCUGCCCUUCAACACACAAUAAAUAUAGAAACACA